AUGGCUUCUUUAGUUCCAACUUUUUUCCUUUUAGCUGCAGCUCUAUCUUCGUUAACUUUUGCUUAUGCUGCUAAUAAUAAUAACAACAACAGCUGCCCUAAUUAUGAAUACAUUUUCCAAGUUGGCGAUUCACUUGCAGAUACUGGAAAUCGAUUCCGUAUAUCUAAUGUAAAAUCAUCUUACCGUGCAGACCAUUUUCCUUAUGGGGAAAAGUUCUUUGGAAAACCCACUGGCAGAUUCUCUAACAAGAUUAUAUUACUAUGUCUCUUAAGCUUCCCCUUCUCAACCCUUACAUGGUCAAAGAAGCUAAUUUUAGCCAUGGAUCAAGACCAUAGUAAAGGCAUUAGACAAGUGAUCAGAUACGGGGCAAAACGUAUAGUUGUUCCAGGGAAUUUUCCUCUGGGUUGCUUCCCCUACUACCUUACCAUGUUCUCAAGCUUGGAUUAUGAAGAUUAUGAUGAGUUUGGUUGUCUGAAAGCCUACAAUGAGUUAGCCAUGUAUCACAAUGAUUAUUUGGAGAGGGCUCUAUCUAUACUAAAACUUGAAUAUUCGAACGUUGCGAUUAAAUAUAUUGAUUAUUAUUCUGCUGUGAAAUCAAUUCUGGAACGCCCCAGCUAUUUUGGAUUCAAUAAGAAAUCCAUACUCAAAGCGUGCUGUGGAAUAGGAGGUCAAUAUAAUUAUGACGAUGAUAUUCUUGUGGAACAUCUAAAGUUCAAGCUUGUUCUGAUUCUGCAAAAUAUUUGCACUGGGAUGGUGUACAUCUUACAGAAAAAGCAUAUUAUUAUGUCGCAGAGCGCGUCAUCAAUGGCAUCUCAUCUAAAGAAUUUCAAUGUCUGCAGUAGAUUUUGA